AUGGAGACUCAGGAGCUUCCUCACAUCGAGGACCACCCUCAAGGUGACGAUGUUCGUCGGCAGGUCGAGUACUAUUUCUCCGAUGAGAACCUCCCCAACGACGCGUACCUCCUCGAAAAAUGCUGCGGCUCCCAGAACCUUCCCGUCUCCAUCAAGAAAAUCUGCAGCUUCGCCAUGAUGCGGAAGUACAAGCCCUACAGCGCCGUCGUCGCCGCGCUGAAAAAGAGCAUUUACCUCGACGUCGUCGACGACAAACUCAUCAAGCGCAAAAUCCCCGUGAUCCUCGAAGAGGUAAUCAAUGCGGAAGGGAAGCCCACGUACAAGAAGCCUCCACCGAAUCUAGGUUUCCCCGAGAAUCCUAAGGGACCAACGUCGAACAACCCGUUGAUGACCAAGGGGAUGCUGAAGCCGACCGGGUUCGAGGAAUGGUACGCGGACCCGCCCGUGACGCCGGCGGAGUACAAGGACGAUGCGCAGUGCUACGAUUCGAGCAUCCCGAUCGACGCGCGCAUGGAGGCGGCGGUGCAGCGCUACAGCUCGCGGAGGAAGUUCCAUCAAACGACCAGGGCGAUCUUUAGCGCGUGGUUUCGCUACAGUGGCUGGGAUGCCGGUCAGCGUCAGUUUCAGGGGAACGACCCGAAGGAGCUGGAGAAUUACGACGCGCCUGAAAUCGCGCUGAUGACAUCGACGUUGUUCCCUGGCGAGGAUAAAGAUGAUCGGACGAAGUGGGUGGUGGAUUUCGAGGGCGUGGCGAAGGGGUUUCUCUCUACUCGCCUUCCGAACAUCAUCCAUUUAUCCACCGACAAUGUGAAGACUGCCACCCAGGUCAUGAUGAACAUGUACAACUGGUUCCUCCACCACAACGUAUGCCCCGAGUACAGCCAAGAGAUCCUCGCCGCUCGCUCCGUCUGCGGGUUGGCGUACGAGGAAUAUCAAAAGUUGAUCCCCCUUCGCCCGCAGCUUCCCGGCCCUUUCAAUAUCGCCAUGUCGACGCUGUUUGAUGGCUACUACGGCCCCAUUUACGGGGAAGGGGAUGAGAUGGUGGACAUUAAGGAGCUUCGCGCACAGGCGUGGGACGGCAUCAUCAUGAAUUAUCACAUGGCGAAGGUCAGCGUCUUGGCUGGGUUGGCCGCGAUUGCAUCGGAGAAGCUGUUCGCUGCUAUCAUUGACAAGCCUGCCGGUGAUGAGACGGAGAAGAACAACGGCAAUGGCGAGUGCAAGGAUGGUCCAUCUUCCGACGCUGAAGAAACCUGGGUCGAGCGCGCCAAAGCGCUUAUCCCCAACGUUCGCCGCGAAGUGGGCCUCCAAAUCACCGCGAUCGAACCGCCAAGCCAAGAGGUAAAAGAGCUCUACCACCAGCAUAACGCGGAAGUCCGGAAGAAGAUGCACCUAAAGCCACUAGGGACACUUCGCUGCAAGCUCUGGGACCUUCAGACGUUCCGGCCGCGAGAUAUGCCCGAGCAGAAGCGCUGGAAUCCAGGCGAGAUCGUGGUUCACCUCGAGGACGACCUUCUCGCGCAUUGCUUCGUGGGGAUGAAGAUCAGCGGGGUGAUUCGGAUGGUAGAAGAGGGGCACUGGUGGCUGGAUGAAGUGUUGGCGGCAUUUCCAAGCUUCUAUACGUUGCUAUUAAAUGACAUUCAAGUCAAGAAGUGGAGGCAGCCCCGAUGGCUGAAGAGCAGAGAGGAGCAGGAGAAGGCGGAGCGGAAGGAUAACAUGGCGGAAUAA